GACGAUGGAUUUUGUUAUGAGAUGCUGAUACAUAACAUCCUCAAAGCAGAGACUAAGUCGAAUUAGGAAAAAUGUCGUAUAAGAAAACAAAAAAGGGUCCGAUAAACAAUGUCGUUGAAAACGACGAGACGAUUGUCGUGACAGAAAAGCAUCUGUGAAUAUGUAAAGGGGUACAAAUGUCCUGUACUAAAAAAUUAUAUUAUUUCUGUUCAGUGACUCAGGGCAUAAAAUUCCGAUGUUACACACUGUAUCUACACUAACAUAUACAUAUUUUAGUUUUUGUUCGAAUAGACAAAAAGACAAAGAUGUUAUGCUAACAAAUAAUAUGAUAAAAGAAAAUAACUUUAGCCAUAUUUCAUUUGAUAAUCGAGUUAUUAUUUCAGUAUUAGAACAUUUUAAAUUUACGCAUGGUUUACAUAGGUAAUGCAUGAUCUAUGUAAAGCCUUUAUACACGAAUUUGCUUCUUUUUUUUUUUUUUUAUAAAUAGCUCAUGUUACCAAGUAGGAAAAGUUCAAUGAAAUUUAAAAUUGUAACAUACAAACGAUAUUUUAUUGCCGAACAGUUCGGGAAGAAUGCAUUGCGUUAAAUACUCAAAAAUUGUUAUCGAAACAUUUGAAUUAAUUGUGUACCUCUUACGUGUAAACAAGUACUGUCGGAUGCUAUGGCAUUGAAAAAGAAUUUGAAUUACGGCCUUAGACCUAGUCGUGUAUAUAAAGGAAACGGAGGUAAGGACGAUCCUUAUCUGAGAGAUAGUUGAGUGUGUGGCAUCGUUAGACACAAAUUUUAUAUCGAAGAGAUUUAAAAAAACAUCAAAAUAAAGUCAAUGCGUUAAAAGCCAACUUGUACACAAUGAUUUAUUUUCCACGCUACUCUAGUUUUAUAUUAAGCUUUAAUCGUAAAACGUAAUAUGUCCCUCUUGUGGUCAAGAUCAUGUCUUACUUAGACAUUCUUUGUUUAAAAUAAACUUAAUAUUUUCAAAAAAACAAUAGAAAUUUUAAACAUUUGGGAACCAUUAAAUUAACAGUAACUGUACCAAUGAGAUGCAUUGACGAACAUAACCUAAAAGGACCGGAAUUAUAUGAAAAAUCGUUAUGUUAAAAACACAUGCGAUUUUUAAUAGCUUAAUUCGUAUAACGCGUACAACUUAAAAAAUUACAAUGAAGACACAAAAAUGGAAAGAAUUAGAAGUGCCUUUAAGUGAUUCUGUAUUGAAAACCAUUGAGGAAUUAAAAUUCUCUUCUAUGACACCAGUGCAGGCAGCUUCUAUUCCACUAUUAUUGAAGGGGAAAGAUGUUGCAGCAGAAGCAGUAACAGGUAGUGGAAAAACAAUUGCAUUCAUAGUCCCCUUAUUAGAAAUUUUACAGAAACGACAAGAGAAAUGGAAGCCUACAGAAAUUGGAGCAAUAAUAAUCAGCCCUACCAGAGAAUUAGCUGUACAAAUAAAUGAAGUUCUACAAAAGUUUUUAGACAAUAUUCCAUAUUUAAAACAAAUAUUACUUGUUGGAGGUACGACGAUUGCAGAAGAUGCUGACAGACUUAAAGCAGCUGUGAAUAUUAUCGUGGCAACACCUGGUAGAUUAGAAGAUAUAUUAUGUAAUUGCAAAAGCAUAAAUUUGGCAGCUCGUGUGAAAUCACUGGAAAUAUUAAUCUUAGAUGAAGCAGAUAGAUUGUUAGACUUGGGUUUUUCUGCGACAUUAGAUACAAUAUUAAGUUAUCUACCACGUCUCAGAAGAACAGGUUUAUUUUCUGCAACACAAACAAAGGAAUUACAGCAGUUAAUCAGAGCAGGAUUGAGAAAUCCAGCUUUGGUAUCUGUUAAAGAAAAAGCAAAUAUUUCUACACCGUCAAACUUAAAAAACAAUUAUACUAUUGUCAAUGUAGAGUACAAGUUAUCUACAAUGAUAGACUUUAUUCAACAAAAGGGAACUAAUUUAAAGUAUAUGAUAUUUUUAUCUACCUGCGCGUGUGUAGAUUAUUUUAGUUAUGUUAUACAGGCACUGCUGCCAUUGGUUCAAAUACUUGCAAUUCAUGGCAAAAUGAAGACCAAGAGGUAUAAAGUAUUUAAUGAAUUUCGAAAUAUCAAAAGCGGCAUUUUAAUUUGCACGGACGUAAUGGCUCGAGGUGUUGAUAUUUCAGAAGUAGAUUGGGUGUUACAAUAUGAUCCCCCAUGUUCGGCUAGUAGUUUUGUCCAUAGAUGCGGCAGGACUGCCAGAAUUGGCAACGAAGGAAAUGCGUUAUUAUUCCUACUGAAAACAGAAGAUACAUAUGUAGAUUUCAUCAAAAGAAAUCAAAAAGUAGAUUUACAAAAUAUAACAUUGGAACCAUCUGUAAUUUUGUAUGAAAAAUGUUUAAAGUGUAUGAGAAAUUUACAGAAAAAAGAUCGUCUCCUUUUUGAUAAAGCCAACAGGGCGUUUGUAUCAUACAUACAGGCAUACAAUAAACACGAAUGUAAUUUGAUACUAAGAUUAAAAGACAUUGAUCUGGGUAAACUUGCACUGAGUUUUGGCCUACUACGAAUGCCUCGAAUGCCUGAACUUAAAGGAAGAGAUACAUCGGCCUUCGAACCCGAAAACAUUGAUACUAAUUCAAUUGCUUAUUCAAACAAACAAAAGGAGCAACAUCGUUUAGAAAAACUGAAGAUCUUUCGGGAUAGCGGUGUAUGGCCAACAGGACGUAAAUGUAAACGCAAAGAAACCGAAUCUUGGUCCGAAGCUAAAAAGAAAAAACUGGACAAACAAGAAAAUCGUAAGAAACGCAAAGAGAAAAAACUGAAACAGAAAGUGUCAACGAACCCGACAAAGAAACGAAAAAGAAAAAUUAACGAAGAAGAUAUCGAAGAAUUGGCGAAGGAUAUCGCGUUAAUUAAGAAAUUGAAGAAGAAAAAGAUUUCGCACGAAGAAUUUGAUGCGGCUUUUGGAAUUGAUAAAAACAGCGUGUGAAAAAUAUGGUACUCCGUAAUGUUUUUUUUGUACAUUUGUAUAUACGAAAUACUAUCACCCAUAAAGUGAUAAGGUAAACAAUUGUACUAAGGUGUUUAUAGCAUGAGAUCCUAUAGUCCCCACUAUGACUGCUUUUGAACAAUCUCAUUCCACUUAUCCUAUAUGAAUUCUUAUCUGGUAUAUAAACAAGCGCGAUAAAGAUAUCUACUCAGUGAUACUCAGAUAAAAAUAAAUCCUUGCCAAUGAAAUAUGUAUUGGCAUUUUCUUGAAAACGGAACACUUUUUCCGAAAAUUUAAAACAACUAUACAAUUUAUUAAAUAUGGUUCGUGUUAAAUAAAUUAAAAGAUUUUUGUGGAAAUAAGAUUCUUUAUAUUGUUCCCUCAUGGAAAAGUACAUGCGUAAUCAUCUGUUGAGUAUCACUGAGGAGAAUGCCGGCGUACACAUAUGUGAAUACUGUAUAGUAUGUGUAUGUGUGGUCCCUUUGAAGAAAUUCAUCUUU